AUGGCCCCCGCCAAACCACAGUCCACGAGUCCUCCGCAACAUGAGCCACCCAAGUCACCUGGCACCAUCAUCCUGCCAGAAUCUGUGCCCGAUAGCCAAAGCUUCCGAGUCGCGCAGCUUCUGUCGACCCACCUUGCUUCUCACGACGAUCUGAAGUACUCCAUGACUUGGCUGUGGGGCGCUUACAUCUCGGAGCUGCCACGACACAUGGUGUACCAUCCUGCCUUAAGUGCUGCUGUGGAGACCCUGCUCAUGGUCCAUCAAACGAUCUGUGUUGAUUCUUCGAGUCAGGCACGACGGAGCCACCAAAUACUGCUGCACCGUAGCUACAUCGAAGCCAUCACCAGCGUCCGCCUGCGGCUAGAUUUGCCAAAUGCCCGAAGGGAGCCCGAGAUGCUUUGCGCGGUAUUCAUCCUCUCCAGCAUCUCGCCGUACUUUGAAGGUGUUGAUUCUGUGUUCAAGAACCCACACGCGAAAGGAGCGAUCGAGAUCUUGCGCGCUCGCAAGUUCUCCACCGCCAGCGACAGCAGUAACAACAAUGAUUCGUUCGACACAUUCACGCUUUCGAUGCUCCGCAAUGCCACCGCGCUCAAAGCCAUUGUCGAUGGUGAAGAAGACAUGACGCCAGCAGAUUGGGAAAUGUACGAGAACUCCUAUCAGUAUACCGAUACAGUAGGCCGUCUCCUUCGCUGUGCUGUACGGACCGGUCGCGUGUUUGCCUUUGCUCGCACGACCCAACCUCAGAGUCCCGAGGAGGCGAUCGCGUUUCAACAAGCGCUUCAGCUGGAGUUAGAACUUGAGGUCAUCGUACUCGAGUUGGAGCAGGACAUCGAGAGAGCCACGCCGCCGGCCAACCUCGUCUCGCCGCAGCGGCCCCACGCUCAAGCGCUUCGCAACUAUACCCAGGCUCUUGUACUGUACGCCCAGAUUCUGUGUUUACUCCAGAGCAUUCGCCCCUUAGAGACCAAUAAUUGUAGCCCAGAUUUUGAGCAGGACAUCAUUGUUCUGGUGUCGCGGACCCUGUCCGUAGCAGAACAAGCCAAGAUCUACCGGCCACUGGGUGCAAACUGGAUUGUGAUCGGACUCAUGGCAACGUGGUGUGCGACGAUGGGUACGGCCUUUCAGAUGGAGGUCGCGGAGGUGAUGGACGGGUGGAGGGCCGAGGGUCCUAAAAGCCUGGAUAAGGCCGAUAGUGUGGUUCCAAGAGGAGUUCUGUAUGGUUGGUGGAGGAGGGUGACCCUGGGCAGAGGCCGCGGCGCAGGCAGUGGAGGCUUUCCCAGUUUGAUCGACGAGAGGAGCGGUGGCGGAGGGAAAUGGGCGGCUGGCUACGCCACGGCCGGCCAUGAGACUGGAAGGAGUAACAUGUUGUUCGUGCCUGCGAGGACGGCUUUGUACUGA